AUGGUCAGCGAUUUCUUCUUCCCCCAACCCGGCGGCGUCGAAAGUCACAUCUACCAGCUGUCAAGCAAACUGAUCGACCGUGGCCACAAAGUCAUCAUCAUCACACACAAUUACGAGGGCCGGACAGGCGUACGCUACCUGACCAACGGGCUCAAAGUCUACCAUGUCCCUUUCUUCGUCAUCUACCGCUCCACCACGUUCCCUACUGUCUUCUCCUUCUUCCCCAUCUUCCGCAACAUAGUCAUCCGCGAGCGCAUAGAAAUCGUGCACGGCCAUGGUAGCUUGAGCAACCUGGGACACGAGGCGAUUCUGCAUGCCCGUGCUAUGGGCUUGCGAACCGUCUUUACGGACCACUCGCUGUUUGGGUUCGCCGACGCUACGAGCAUUCUGACCAACAAGCUCUUGAAAUUUGUGCUGAGCGACGUGGAUCAUGUUAUCUGUGUCAGCCAUACAUGCAAGGAGAACACCGUGUUGAGGGCUUCUCUUGACCCCCUUAUGGUCUCCGUCAUCCCUAAUGCAGUCGUGGCCGAGAAUUUCCGGCCACUCAACUACGUGGAACCAUCACCAGCGCCGCCACUGGGGGAGACCAAUGGGCACCCCUUCGGCACUGCACCGGCGGCGGUCCCGCAUCACCAACUGGGACCGCACGACCCCAUCACCAUUGUCGUCAUCUCCCGCCUCUUCCAGAACAAAGGCACCGACCUGUUGACGGCGGCCAUCCCGCGCAUCUUGGAGAAUCACACCAAUACGCGGUUUAUCAUUGCUGGCGACGGGCCCAAGGGCAUCGAUCUGGAGCAAAUGAUCGAGCAGAACGUCCUCCAGGACCGCGUCGAGAUGAUCGGGCCCGUGCGCCACGAGGAGGUCCGCGACGUCAUGGUCCGCGGCCACAUCUACCUGCACCCUUCGCUGACCGAGGCCUUUGGCACGGUCAUCGUCGAGGCCGCCAGCUGCGGCCUUUACGUCGUGUGCACCCAAGUCGGCGGCAUCCCCGAGGUCCUACCCUCGCACAUGACCGUCUUUGCGCGGCCGGAGGAGGACGACAUCGUCGCGGCGACGGGCCGCGCCAUCGCCGCCCUGCGCGCGGGCCGCGUCCGCACCGACAAGUUCCACGAGCAGGUCAAGAACAUGUACUCGUGGACCAACGUGGCCAAGCGCACCGAGCGCGUCUACCACGGCAUCUCGGGCGCCAUCGGCGAGGCCGAGUUCUACGGCUACGAGAUCGCCGGGGCGGCGCCCGCGGGCGGCCAGGCGCGGUCGGGCGUCCGGAGCUUCGCGCUCAUCGACCGCCUCAAGCGGUACUACGGCUGCGGCGAGUGGGCGGGCAAGCUGUUUUGUCUGUGCAUCGUGCUCGACUACCUCUUGUUCCUGGCCCUCGAGUUCUGGUACCCGCGCGCCGACAUCGACAUCUGCCGCGACUGGCCACGGAAGGCUGUGGAGAACGGGGGCAGGGACAGCAGCAAGGAUGGCGGCAAGGAUGGCGUCAAGUGA